CAUGAACCACUGGCUGAGAAACAUCCUGAUUCUGACUCUCUGGCUAGAGUGUAAAGGAGAAGACAGAGUGACCCAGCCAGCAGGAGAUGUCAUUGCUGCUGAAGGAGACACAGUUACACUUGGCUGUACUUUUGAGACGAGUGACCAAUACCCCUACUUGUACUGGUACAAACAAGAAGUAAAUGAGUCUCCUAAGUACAUGCUGAAAAGUUACUCAAAAACAACAGAUUUUGAUGCAGAGUUCACGAAAGACAGAUUUAAUGCUACAAUCAAGGAUAAGUCAGUUCCUCUGAAGAUCCAGAAGCUUCAGCUGUCUGACUCUGCUGUGUACUACUGUGCUGUGCAGUCCACCAACUUAGUGUUGAUGAAGACUAAACAGAGAGAUCACAGCCUUCUUUAUACUUGCUGGAGCUCACAGUUCCUCAACACUGCAGAUAUGACGCCUCUGUUCAUCUCAGUGUUGCUGGCUGCUGUGUGCCUUGAAUGCAGAGCACAAAAAGACAACGUGCUGCAACCAGAAGGAGACGUGACUGCUGCUGAAGGAGAGCCAGUAACACUUGGUUGUCUAUAUAACAGCAGUACAACAAAUUAUUAUCUCUUCUGGUACAAACAGGAUGGAAACAACAGCCCCACAUUCAUACUGAGCCGCUUUAAGAUCGGUGAGGGGAAAACAGAGGACGAGUACAAGGAGAGAUUUUCAUCCACACUGGAUUCCACCUCAAGAUCAGUUCCUCUGAAGAUCCAGAAGCUUCAGCUGUCUGACUCUGCUGUGUACUACUGUGCUCUG